AUGGUUAUACUUCAUUCACUAAAGACCUACAAGUUUUUCAGAAGCAACCUUCGAGCACUUCUAGCGUUCAGAGUAACAGCAGUGGAUCCAUUCAAAAGCAACAGGCGUACCAAGGAUCACCACAGCAAAAAGAAUUCUGCUGAAGUCAAGACGGACAAUGCUAUAUCGCAUCAAAAUCAGCCUCACAUAGGAUCAGCAUGCAUUCUCAAACAUAAACUGUUGCAGUGUUGUGUCACAGAUGGACUUGUAAAACUCGCAUGUGGACACAUAUUACCUGUUAUUGGAGGCGUCUGCAAGGUUUGUGAAAAGAUGCCCGUUGCUAUGGGUUAUGUCGGUGAAAACUUUGUUAGAGUGUUAAGAGACUCGGGUUGUAGUGGUGUUGUUGUGAAGAGAGAUUUGGUUACAGAUGAUCAGCUGACUGGACAAGUGCAGAAAUGUGUUCUGAUAGACGGCACAGUUCGUACAGUAGAGGAGGCUUCCAUCUAUGUCGACACUCCCUACUUCACAGGUAAUAUCAAUGCUUUAUGUAUGAAAGAACCUGUUUACGAUCUUAUUAUAGGUAACAUCGAUGGUGCCAGGAAUCAGACGGAUCCUGAUCCACAGUGGUGUAGAAAGGACGAAAGAGAAGAGUGUAGUCAAGUUCUUCAAGCUGUACAGACAAGGAAUCAAAAGAAAAAAGAAGACAAAGGUAUGAAAAAGCUAAAAGUUACAGAUUUAGUGGAUACUGAUAUGACAAUUGAUCAGAUGAAACAACUGCAGAUGGAUGAUUCUUCCUUGAAAGUGUAUCGUGAGCAUGCAGCGACUGGCAGAAAGAAGAACAUUGGCGAAAAUAUAGAGACAUGGUUUAGUGUUGAAAGAGGACUGUUGUACAGACAUUAUCAUUCAAGAAAGGUUAGUGAUGAAAAACUGUAUAAACAACUUGUUGUUCCAGAACCUUUACUACAGAAAGUUAUGAAGAUUGCGCACGACAGUAUCUUAGGCGGACAUCUUGGUACAAAGAAGACUCUAGACCGCAUCAUGUCGAAUUUCUAUUGGCCUGGAAUCCAGGGUGACGUGACGAGAUAUUGCCAAUUAUGUGACAUAUGCCAAAGAACAUUUCCUAAAGGCAAAGUGACGAAGGUUCCGUUGGAGAAAAUGCCACUUAUUGAUACACCAUUUGAACGGGUAGCCGUAGAUUUGGUAGGUCCGCUUUCUCCAAUUACUGACAAAGGCAAUAGAUAUAUUUUGACUGUUGUAGAUUACAGUACUAGGUAUCCAGAGGCGGUUGCAUUAAAGAACAUCGAUACAGAGGCGGUGGCAGAAGCGUUGGUAGAGAUAUUCAGCAGACUUGGCAUUCCAAAAGAAGUACUGUCAGACAUGGGUACGCAAUUUACCUCCAACAUUAUGAAAGAGGUGGGUCGACUUUUAUCAUUUAAGCAAUUAGUAACAACUCCAUACCAUCCAGCAUGUAAUGGACUAGUAGAAAAGUUCAAUGGUACUUUGAAGUCAAUGUUAAGGAAAAUGAGUUCUGAAAGACCAAAAGACUGGGAUAGAUAUUUACCAGCAUUGUUAUUUGCUUAUCGAGAAGUUCCACAAGAAAGCACUGAAUUUUCUCCAUUUGAUCUAGUUUAUGCACGUAAUGUUAGGGGACCUAUGGCAGUUUUGAAAGAACUGUGGACAAAGGAGGAGAAGGACCCGGAAGUGAAAACUACUUACCAGUAUGUGCUUGACCUUAAGGAGCGACUAACAAGAACGUGUGAGCUGGCUCAGAAAGAACUUCAGAAGUCUAAAGACCAUUACAAGAAACAGUACGAUAAAAGGACAAAGCCGAGAUCUUUCAAGGUUGGUGAUUUCGUUCUUCUUUUGCUUCCAACAGACCAUAACAAACUUUUAAUGCAGUGGAAAGGACCUUUCAAAGUAGUUGAUAGAAAAGGACAAAAUGAUUACCAGAUAGAUAUGAAUGGACAAGUUCGUUUGUUUCAUGCAAAUUUAUUGAAGAAAUACAAUGUUCGAGAGGAAAAGGAUACAGACUCGCCGACAACUUUAGCCUCUUGUGUCGUUUUGGAAUCGGAGGAAAUGGAGGACUCAAGUAAUGAACAUUUGUUACAUCUUCUCCCGAUGAAGGCAACAGAAUCAUUCACAGAUGUUAAGGUAAAUCAUUCACUGUCAUCAGAACAGCUUGAAUCCAUUAAUGAUGUCUUACAUGAAUUUCAGGAAGUUUUAACAGAUCUACCUGGUAGAACGAAUGUGAUCCAGCAUGAAGUUCAUCUCACUACCAAAGAACCAAUCAGAAAAAGACCAUAUCAGAUACCGUAUGCAGUCAGAAGUGCAGUCCGAGAAGAAAUACAGCAUAUGAUUGACAUGGAUAUCAUCGAACCAUCAGAAUCACCGUAUGCUAGUUCGAUUGUCGUGGCAAAGAAGUCCGAUGGUAGCCAGAGAAUAUGUGUGGAUUUUCGUAACUUGAAUAAGGUAACAGUUUUUGAUCCAGAACCAAUGCCGAUACAGAUGAAAUCAUGA